CUCUGUUUCUUGUUCCUCACGAUGCACGCAAGAUCCUACUCGGAGGCGACGAGCGUUGACCAGUUCUCGCCGGCGCGGCGAUUCUACUACGUACAGAGCCCGUCGUCCAACGAAGUGGAAAAAAUGUCGUACGUUUCGAGCCCAAUGGGUUCGCCGCCGCACCAUUUUUACCAUUCUCGUGAGUCGUCGAGUUCCCGAUUCUCCGCCGCGUUUAAGAACAAUAUCAACCGGAACGGCAAUCCCUCCGCUUGGAGAAAACUCCACCGCCCCCAGGAUCCCAAUGAAGAAGAGGAGGAAUCCGGUGAUCGGAAUCCCAAAUGGAAUCGGAAUCUCCGGCUGUACUUGUCUCUGUUUCUUCUGUUGUUUCUUCUUUUCACCGUCUUCUUCCUCAUCCUCUGGGGCGCUACCAAGUCCUUCCGCCCUCAAAUUCUUAUUCAGAGUAUGGUGUUCGAGAAGUUUAACGUUCAAGCAGGGAGUGAUCCGGGGGGCGUGGCAACGGAUCUGAUGUCACUAAAUUCAACGGUGAGGAUCAAGUACAGGAAUCCUGCCACGUUUUACGGAGUCCACGUCAGCUCCUCACUAUUUCAGCUCCACUAUUUCCAGCUCCAUGUAGCCUCUGGCCAGAUGAAGGAGUUUUACCAAAAACGACAGAGCUCUCGAAGGUUAACGACAUCGGUGGUGGGGCACCAGGUCCCGCUCUACGGUGGGAUCACAGUGAUUGGGAACUGGCGAGACCAACAACAGGACGGGGUCGGGGUCGGGGUCGAGGUGCCGCUAAACCUCACGAUGGCUGUGAGGUCGAGCGCUUACAUUCUAGGGAGGCUGGUGAAGUCCACAUUCCAUACAACCAUUACAUGUUCGGUCACUCUUAGCACCAACAAGCUUGGAAAAUCCCACUCUUUCAAUAAUUCUUGCACUUAUAAUUGAACAUAUUGUUCUCCUUUUGGAGGUUCUUUACAAAAUUUGGGUAAGGUUUCAUGUUAUCGACUAUGCAA